AUGGUCAAGUUCUGGAGCGCCUUCACGGCGGACCAACGUCGAAACAUCGCCAUCUACACUCUCGGCAUCAUGAUGUACAAGUUCGCCUUAGAGUACUUCAAUGGCUCGUUUAUUACGCAGGCAAACGAGCGAUUUGGAGCUCGACGCUUCGAGAAGAUCGCCGUCCUUACCGGAACCAACUAUGCCGCUCAGUGCAUUGGCUCGAUCAUCGUCGCUCCCCUCAUCAAGCGCUUCCCAACUCGAUCCGUCCUUGCUACUGCAGUCCUCACCUUCGGUCUCAUCUCUUGCAUCCCUCUUAUUGCCGACGCUGCUACUGGUGGCGUGCUCAAGUACAAGACGGCCAACAACAAGACAAAGUACGGUACUUGGAGCCCCAACGGUCUUUUCCCCAUCUACGUCAUCUCUGGUAUCUCGUACGGCACUGUCGAGCUUAUCCGUCGUGUCAUCCCCCGUGAUAUUGUCGGAGGUGAUGUCGAGAGGCUGAGGAAGAUGGACGCCUUCGUCCACGUCAUGUACGAGGUUGCCGGUACCACCGGUGCCUUCACCUCGACAUCGCUCAUCGGCUACUUCGGCUACAACUACUCGGCCUUCCUCUCGCCCGUUCUCUUCACCCUUGCUGCCUGUACCUGGAUCUGGAUCUCGUCGCUCGGCGAGAGCCAGCGCAGCGAGGACGAGUCGAAGCUCGCUCGCGUCGAGGUGGAGCAGCGCGGUCUGCUCAUGUCCAUGGUGGACGGUGUGCGUGCCUUUGGCAAGGCUUUCUGGUACGGUGGCUACCUCAUCUUUACCGACCGUCGCUUCAUCUGGCUCGUGCCCGGCUACGCCUUUGCGCUGUACGGACACCGAUACCUCGAAAACGGUCUUGCUCCCAUCUACGCCAAGUCGAUCAUCGGCGUCUCGUCCUACUCGCAGAUCAUCGUGGGUGGAUCCAACUUUGGUGAGCUGCUCGGUGCUCUUUCGGUCAUGCUCUUCACCCAGGCCAUCCCUACGCCGAUGCCUUGGCUGCGUCUCGACGCCCUCCUCCUCAACCUCGUCUGGGUCAUGCCUUUCUUCCCCUACACGCGCGGCGCGGUCUCGUCGGCCUGGAAGCUCGCCGCUGUCUUCACGCCCAUCUCGUACGGUUGGGCUGCUGGUGAUGUUUCGCUGGCUGCUUACAUCCAGUCGACGCUCGCCAAGAUGGAGGCCAAGGACAAGGACGUCUCUGCUCUUGGUGCGGUGAUGGCUUUCCUGUACGUGACGUACAUUGUGAUGUACUCGCUCAUCUCGACCUUCCUGGGUCGAUGGGUUGACAAGCAGCUGCGCGGCAAGUCGGGUGUUGCUGCUAUCAACCAGGCUCGCGACUGCCUCAAGUACGUGGGUGGUGUGCACUUCACCAUCCUCUCGGUCAUCAUCAUCGCCGCUACCUUUAUCCCGCGCGGCUCGUUCUCGUUCAACCCCAAAGCGAUCGACGAGAGCCUGCUCAAGUCGGACGAGGAGUCCGACGUGCACUCGGACGACGACAUCAAGGAGAUCAAGUACCAGCAGCGCGACUCUUUCGCUCCCCAGGACAUCACCGGCGACGCUGUCGGCGCCCUGGCCCAGAACACCGCUGCUCGCGUCCCUUCUCGCGUCUAA